AAAGAAAAGAACAUCAUAGAAAAUGUCAACAAACAAACGCAGACCAACUUGUGGAUCAACCCAAACGUAAAUAUCACACCAACAUUGCGGUGUGUAAAUAUUGGCUCAUAACAGCAAUGCCAAUAAAGCAUCGCGCUGCGUGAAUCUUUUCCACCAAAAGGCAUUUAAAUACGGUACGAUCGAUCAGCAAACGGCUGUCACGGCUUCCUUCGUUUAAUUAUGCUACAAGUACUUUGCUUUCUUCUUCCAACGUCAGGCAUUUCAAGUGUAGCCAGCUCUGACUGUUGUGCUUGCCUUACCUCAACAUAACCAAUUGUCGGAGGUGACAAAUUGCAAGCGAAGUAAACAGCAUUGGCACCCAACAACAACCAAUGCCGAGGCUCGGCGUGUGUGUGUGCAUCAACCCCCACUGCUACCGAUUACUUAAUCGUGAAUCGAUGGUGGGAUAGAUCUGUGUUUGGACAUACGCCGUUUGUUUGUGCGCAAACAUAAACCCAUCGACUCCAAUUUGCGCUGACAUUGACGCAUCGUGUCCCAGUACAUCGCGCUAUGCUGUGCACCGAAAAUGCCGAACCGGCGGACAGGUUUGUUGGCCUAAUGACCUGAUGUGGGGCCAUAAAAAUAAAGCCACUGAUGCGAUCGAAUCCUGUCCGAACAGCGGGCUUCGCUUGAACUCAUCUUGAAGACAAUUAAACUUCUAUCAAACGCGGAUCUAACGGCGAGCGCACGCAAGCUUGCGAUGAAGUUUGUAAAAUAUUCCAAGGCUAACCGGUAUUUCCAUAGUACGAUCCUCCGACGUCCGGAACUCCUCGGCUCGGGCGUUCUGUGACAUCUUCUAAAAGGGAGAAAUCCCAAUGUCUGUCUGUGUGUGUUGCUGUGUCGUGUGAAGCCUCAUCUAUCUCCCAAGUCUCCUCCUCCCCGGCUCCAAGAACAUAGUAUCGUUCCACCACUUUACGACUCACUCUGAUGGGGCGCGUUAGCCACCUCGCGGGACUACCGGCUGCCUCCCUACGGUUGACUUGUGUGACCUCUUCACUUUCGCUGCCGCCAGGCCGCGCUUGGCGCUUGUUUGGUGUGAGCCGUUCGUGACUUGUCGCGGGAUGCGCCACGGAGGAUAUCGUCAGCUUAUAUCAUUCGCGUACGGUGCCGUGUGUCGUGCAGUUCAUCUCGCCGAGCGCUCGACGGUGCGGGAAUUAAUUAAUCAAAUACGGCAUCGAAUCGAACGUUUGUUGUGGAUUGGUGUGUCGGUCAAGGAGUCAAUUGGAAUUAAACAAAAAGGGGGCGAGAUAGAGCUUUGUUCGCCUUCUUUGUGCGGUAAAUGAUAGCGAAGAAUGGUUCGAUUCGUUUGUGUGAUGAACCAGUGACAAGAGUGUUUUUUAAGUGUUAAUUAAAACUAUAAUUAAGAAGGGUAAUUUAAUCAUUUAAGGAUUUAUAGGACACUCUUUUAAAAUGAUUAAACUGAUGCUCAAAAGUAAGUGGCGUGUAAUGAUAGUUCAAACCUCCUUCACCUAAAUAGUUUAAAUGUUAAAUGGCUACGAACUAAUUGCAGGACCUUCUGCGAUCAGUCCUCGCUAUGGCAACUUUCUGUUCGGACUCUUAUGCGGAUGGAUUUUCUCAAGAGCGAUCCAUGUUUGGACAACUUCUGGAUGGAUUACUGCUCCCAACGCACAAAACAAUUCCCCUGCCUUCAACAUAACCGAAAGUGUUCGUGUGCUCUGCUGGGUAAUGACCACACCGGAUAACCACCAGGAAAAGGUGAUCCACAUUCAAGCUACCUGGGGAGCUCGGUGCAACAAACUGCUGAUCAUGAGCUCCGUUGCUGAUCCGUCGAUCGGAAGCAUCGCUCUACCGGUCGAGGAAGGCCGGAAGAGUCUGUGGAAUAAGACGCGAGAAGCAUUUCGGUACAUCUACGACCAUCAUCUCGAGGAGUACGAUUGGUUCUUCAAGGCGGACGACGACACGUACGUUGUGGUGGAGAAUCUGCGUUACUUCCUGUAUCCGUAUUCACCGCAGCUGCCGAUCUAUUUCGGGAGCAAGUUCCGCUAUCCGGAGUAUGUGAAGCAAGGAUACUUUUCUGGUGGUGCUGGUUAUGUGCUGAGCAGGGAGGCAGUGAGACGUUUCAACGAACAAGCACUCGGGGAUGUGCAGCACUGUUCGGCGGCCUACGACACGGAGGAUCUUGAAAUGGGAAAAUGCAUGGAAAGUGUGAAUGUAACGGCCGGUGAUUCCAGGGACAGCUUAGGCCGAAAGCGAUUUCUUCCGAUGGAACCUGUGUUUCAUCUCACCAGCUCGGUGACAGAGGAUCCUGACUUUUGGUACAACCAAUACUCGUACUAUGAGCCCUUUUACGGUAAGAACUGUUGCUCGGAUCUGGCUAUCAGCUUCCAUUACGUUCCCGGGAAGCAUAUGCACAUGAUGGACUAUCUGAUUUACGAUCUACACGCGUGGGGCAGGAGCUACCAAGACGCACCACUUGCCAAAGCAAAAACACUCCAAGAAGCGAUGGCCGUUGCUGGACCAUAUCCGAUCAGUACUUUACGGCCAAAAACUGAGAUGAGUGUAGUAUCCACCGUAGGUAUAGAGGAAGUCUCUUCUACGAUAAAACCUUAGUGGAAUAGUGAAGCUGAAUUGUUCAACUAGUCACCUGUACAUGAUUGUAGAAUUAAUGUUGUUUUUCUUGAA